GCGCCCGCCGCGCUCCAUUCCUCUCCGCUCCGCCGGCAGCUCUCGGCCGAGGCGUAGUGGCGGCGGUGGCACCCACGGCCAGGAGCGGGGCUGGGAGCGCUGGCUAGCUCACGCAGUCGCAGGGAAGAGAAGCGGUGGGGAGCGCUGUGGCGGGGCCCGCAGCCCGCCCACCUCUGGAGCACGAGCGCGGAGAAUCGGCACAUCCCUAUUCCGCCGGGGGCGGCUCUGCCAACCCCCCCGCCAUCUCCCCUCCUUCCCUUUCUCCCUCCCUCUUUCCCUGCCCGCCCCUCCGCAGCGACAUCCCUGCGAGUUUGCUUCGGUGCCCGCGCCCGUCGCUGGUGGCCCGUCGCCGCAUCUCCCACGCCAUCAACUCUGGGGAGCCGCCGGCGGAGGGCAGGGACCCGAAGUUACGGCCAGCCCUGGUGAAAAGUAGCGAUAACGCGGAAGGGGCCGGAGGCGAGCAGAGCCGGCGCAGCGCACCGCCAUCCGCAGCCCCGCCGGCCGGAGGCUGGCUCCACGCCCCGGGCCGCGCUUGCCGGGGCAGAGCGACGCGUCGUCGCGGCAGCUGCUGGCCACCCCGACCCCCGCCGGACCAGUUGCGAAAAGAACCAACAUGCAAAGUGGAAGUUCACCUGAAACUGCUCUUUUAACAAAGAAAUAUUGGCUUUCUGCCUCUUUCACAUGUUUUCCUUUUGCUUUGUAAUGCGAGGAGCAGGAUUAUCUGAAUCAUUGAGGCAAAAUUUGAGCAUCAUUGGCUGAAGAUAAGAUGAAAGAAGACUUGAAACUAUGUCUUUUACAAGCUGAAGGGGAUUAGUGGUUAAAAGCACUGAAAUUUCAACAAAAAGAGCUAAUGAAGGGUCUAUGUUGAUUUUUCUUCAUUUUUUCCCCUUCCCACUCUCCCAUGAGUCCCAGAAGAGAAAGAUGGAAAGAGCAUGUAUACAAAUUCAUAUAAGGGAAAUGCUGAAGACAGUUUUGGAGUUUGUUUUCCAAGUGCUGUAAAUCCCCUAUUUAAUCAAAUACAACACAUUGUUCUGGAUAAAGUAUAUUGUUUUGUGAUCAGUGAAGUUUUUUUCAGCUCUAGAAGUGGAAUUUGACCUGAUUGGAAGCUUUUAAAAAAGUAAAUGCAUUACUCUGAUUCCUUUUUUCAAGAUGAGUUUUUCAAGUUACGAAGAGUGUUUCAGUCUCUUACUGUGCAGUGUCAACCUGUGUUUUAUAUGCAUAUCUUAGAUAUUUUACUUUUUCACUUGUUUUAGUAUUUAUGCUGUAGUGUUGUGUUUGAGAAAAGUGUGAAAAGACAAGGCACCUGAGAUGUAAGUUUUCAAGAGCCUUGUUAUUACAAUGUUGUAGCUCAGAUUACAUGGGAUCUGAGUAUCAGUUACAAUGCACACUACACACUAAGUCUUUUCUCCUUAAAAUAUGCCUUAAGAUGUUCAUUUUUAUACUAACUGGAUCAAAAUUUGGUAUCUGAACUUCGUGUUUUGUUAGAAGAUGCAUGCCUGGAGAAGAGGAGCUGUCUAAUGGAUCAUGGCUCUGAUGUUCACAGGACAUACUUUAUUUCUAGCAUUAAUGAUGUUUGCUGGCUUCACUUUUGAAGAAUCUGUAAGUAAUUAUUCUGAUUGGGUGACUUUCAUAGAAAAUGUAGAUCAAUAUGAAAAACAGCAACUUGAAGGUCUUAGUGCAGAGCAGAAGUUGAAAAAAGUAGUUCUUCACCCAAGCUUGUAUUUUGAUGCUGAAGACGUCCAGGCACUGAGGCAGAAGGCUCAUACAAGCCAUUUGCAUCUAUUUAGAGCUAUCAGAAGUGCGGUGAUGGUUAUGCUAUCCAAUCCAUUAUACUACCUACCUCCACCCAAGCACGUUGAUUUUGCUGCGAAGUGGAAUGAGAUUUAUGGUAACAACCUGCCGCCUCUAGCAUUUUAUUGUUUGCUGUGCCCCGAAGAUAAAGCUGCACUUGAUUUUGCCCUAGAAUAUAUGGAUAGAAUGGCUGGCUACAAAAACUGGUUGGUUGAGAACGCUCCUGGAGAUGAAGUGCCACUUGGUCACUCCUUAACAGGAUUUGCAACUGCUUUUGACUUCUUGUAUAAUUCACUGGAAAAUGAGAGACGGCAAAAAUACCUAGAGAAGAUAUGGUCUGUAAGCGAGGAAAUGUAUGAGUACUCAAAGGUUCGUUCCUGGGGAAAGCAGCUUCUCCAUAAUCACCAAGCAACCAAUAUGCUUGCUUUGCUUGUUGGGGCUUUAGUUGCAGGGGUGGACAAAGGAUCUCAGGCAAAUAUUUGGAAACACACUGUUGUUGAUGUGAUGGAGAAAACAAUGUUUCUGCUCAAUCAUAUAGUAGAUGGGUCUUUGGAUGAGGGAGUAGCUUAUGGGAGUUACACAGCGAAGUCAAUAACCCAAUAUGUUUUCCUGGCCCAGCGCCACUUUGGUAUUAACAACUUGGAGAAUAAUUGGCUCAAAAUGCACUUUUGGUUUUACUAUGCCACCCUAUUACCAGGCUUUCAAAGGACUGUGGGUGUUGCGGAUUCUAAUUACAACUGGUUUUAUGGUCCUGAGAGCCAACUAGUUUUUCUGGAUAAAUUUAUCAUGAAGAAUGGAGCUGGCAACUGGCUGGCACAGCAGAUUAGAAAACACAGACCCAAGGACGGGCCAAUGGUACCAUCCACUGCACAGAGAUGGAGCACACUACACACUGAAUUCAUAUGGUAUGCUGCCGAAAUCACCCCUCAGCCGCCUCCUGACUACAGUACUGCUAAAAUGCAUGUGUUUCCCAACUGGGGAGUUGUUACUUACGGGGCUGGUUUGGCAAACAGUCAGACAAACACCUUUGUGUCCUUUAAGUCUGGAAAACUUGGCGGACGUGCUGUUUACGAUAUUGUUCAUUUUCAACCGUACGCCUGGAUUGAUGGGUGGAGAAGUUUCAAUCCAGGACAUGAACAUCCUGACCAGAACUCUUUCACUUUUGCUCCCAAUGGACAGGUGUUUGUAUCUGAGGCUCUUUAUGGGCCUAAACUCAGCCACCUGAACAAUGUCUUGGUCUUUGCUCCAUCUCCUACGAGCCAGUGCAACCAGCCCUGGGAGGGACAGCUUGGUGAGUGUGCCCAGUGGCUGAAGUGGAUUGGUGAUGAGGUUGGAGACUCCACUGGAGAAAUUAUAACAGCCUCCCAGGCUGGGGACAUGAUGUUUGUGAGUGGUGAGGCAGUAUCUGCUUACACAUCAGCAAUGAAACUGAAAAGUGUAUAUCGUGUUUUGUUGCUCUUGAAUUCUCAGACAUUGUUAGUAGUAGACCAUAUUGAGAAGGAGGAAGACUCUCCUGUUAAUUCUGUCAGUGCCUUUUUUCAUAAUCUCGACAUUGAUUUUAAAUACAUACCUUAUAAAUUUAAGAACAAAUACAAUGGAGCUAUGAUGGAUGUGUGGGAUGCCCACUACAAGAUGUUUUGGUUUGAUCAUCAUGGGAGUAGUCCUGUUGCUAGGAUACAAGAGGCAGAACAAGCUGCUGAAUUCAAAAAGCGAUGGACUCAGUUUGUAAAUGUUACCUUUCCAAUGAAAAACACGCUUACAAGGAUUGUUUACCUUUUCCAUGGCCCAUAUGUCAAUGUUUCUAACUGCAGACUCAUAGAUAAUGCAAAAUCUGGAUUUCAGAUUUCGCUCAGUGUCAACAACACUGAAAAUACCAUCUCUGUUGUGACUGAAUAUCAGGAUUUAAAGACAAGGUUUGAUUACUUGGGAUUUGGUGGUUUUGCCAAAGUAGUUCAUGAAAACAAAGUGACCAAGUUUGGUCUAGGUACUGAAUCUGUGGAAAAACGGAUAAAAAAUAAUAGGGUGGUUUUCCCAUUUGGUUUCAAAGUGAACAUAGUUGCAGGGCUAAUUUUGGGUGUGAGUUUGGUCAUACUGGCUUUUCAGUGGCAGUUUUACAUAUCCUUCAGUAAAAUGUUGCGUUGGAUCCUGAUACUGGUUGUCACACUGUGGCUUAUUGAAUUGGUGGAUGUGUGGAGCAUGUGUACUCAGCCCAUCUGUGCAAAAUGGAGCAGUGACAUGACAAGACUAGAACAUGACGAAGGCAAUAAAGCCAGACAAUUAGAAGGAAACCCUGUUCUUUUGCCAGAUGUUAUCAUUACUUCACUUCCUGCUUCUGGUGCAGAAAUAUUAAAACAGCUGUUUUUCAAUAGCAGUGACUUCUUAUAUGUCAGGAUACCUGCACCCUAUCUUGAAAUUCCUGAGACUGAAUUUGAAAUUGAUUCCUUUGUAGAUCCAUGUGAAUGGAAGGUUUCUGAUGUCCAGAAUGGUCAUUUUCGUCUUAUCCAAGGGUGGCUCCAGUCUCUAGUUCGAGGCACGAAGUUACAUUUACAAAAUAUUCAUUUAUAUGAAGCCAGCAGAAGUAAAAUUGCUCAACAUUCUGCUACAAGCAAGGACAAAAAGAAAAGAUCCAAAAAGAGAGAAUCUCUUUCAGAGCAAAGAAGCAGGGCAAGAGGGAGUAAAGAAAAAGAUGCAGAAUAUAUUAGGGAACUGAGAAGACAUCUCAUCUAUUAUCCAAAUGCACGACCUGUGCUUAGUUUAAGUAGUGGGAGCUGGACGUUAAAACUUCCUUUCUUUCAGGAAAUCCUAGGACCAUCAAUGAGAGCAUUAUAUGUAGUAAGGGACCCACGGGCGUGGAUAUAUUCAAUGUUGUACAAAAAUAAACCAAGCCUUUACUCCUUGAAAAAUAUUCCACAACACUUGACUGCAAUGUUUAAAGGGGAGGAUGGUAAAGGAAAAUGUAGUUUAAAUGAAGGCUAUGCCUUUGAGUAUGAAUCAUUAAGAAAAGAACUUUCAAAUUCUGAUUCAAACGCUGUUUCUGUGUUGUCCUAUUUGUGGCUAGCAAACACAGCAGCAGCACUGAGAAUAAAUGCAGACUUGCAGGCAACAAAUUAUCAUCUAGUCAAGUUUGAAGAUAUUGUGAACUUUCCUCAGAAGACGGCUGAAACAAUUUUUGCCUUUCUUGGUAUUCCUCUUCCUCCUGCUAGCUUAAACCAAAUAUUAUUUGCCACCUCCACUAGUCUUUUCUAUCUUCCUUAUGAAGGGGAAAUUUCACCAAGUAGCAUUCAUGCCUGGAAACAAAACAUGCCCAAUGAAGAGAUUAAACGUAUUGAAGAUAUCUGCUGCUCUCUAAUGGACCACUUAGGAUACCAAAAGUUUAUAGAGUAAAUGCUGCCGGUCAGCAGAAAUUUGCACUAAUGAUCUCUGACUACCAAUUGUGGAUAAAUAUUAGAUAAGUUUGUUUAUUCUUGUAUAAUGUGUACAGUCUGAUACUUUCAGAGAGAUUAUUUUAAGAAAAAGAUAGUUGUUCUUGCAAGUGGGUUUUGUUUUGAUUUGUUUUUUAAUCUUGUAACUAUUUUGCUGCCUUUCAAAAAAAGUUGUGUGAACCUUUGUAGGACUACCAGCUGGGGACUCUGUAGCUCAGGGAAUUAAUAGUAGAACAUGGAGCUUUCCACCUCCAGCUCACCAGUUUGACUCCAGCCCAAGUGGUUAGUUCCUGAAGUACUUAUCAUGUGAUGAUUGUAUGAUGACUUAUGUGAAAUUAACUGGUUAAAUUGGCCCAGUUCCCAGUGGUGAUAAACAGCCUCCUUGGACAGGUUACUCAUGCAUUCUGUCUGUGUCUCACUGGUUACUAUAGUGGUGCAAAAUAAACAUAAGCUGAGAUUUAAGGCUAUUCAGCAUCCCUUCAGUAAGAGGAAACAGUAAGAACAUUUGAGUGAAUCCAGUUCUUUAUCUGCAGUCUCAGCAGGCAGGCACAGGACUGGAAUGGGCACAGAUAUUGAAUAUCAUUCUAGGAUAUAGUUCCUUCAGCUGAGAGAUGUGGCACUUAAAUUGGGUUUUGUGCUUUGAUGAAAGAGAAGACUUCAUUCUCAUGCCUGACAAUGUGGUACCCUUUGUGAGCCUGAAGUAAACUAUCCAGAGAAAAAGAAAUGGGACAAAAUCUAAAAAAACAACAAGAUCAUACAAAUGAGCAGUUAAAUUUGGAGAAGAUUUUGUUUCAUUUUAACCUACUUUAGUCUAAUUUGAUUUUGAAGGUUGUUAACAUCUUAGCUUCUUGCACUGAUUUACCCUGUACCUCUUGUCUAAGAGAUUCUGAAAGGUUUUUCUCUUUUUGAGUAAGACUCUUUCAUCCUUCUUUGUUGUAACACAUUUCUCUACUGAUUCUUGUGCAUAAUUUCAUUGAGACUAAUUGAAAAUAUUUGAUGUCAUUGUCAAUGGCUUAUUGUUGAUGUCUGCAUAAAAUGGCAAUCUGCGAUUUAGAAGAUCUUAAAUAAAUCUCCAGGUCUGUGUUGCUGA